AUGGCUGAUUCUUCGCCUUCAGCAUAUGAUGAGAAAAAUCCUGCACCAUCAUCGACCCCGCAGUCUUCAUUUCUGACAGUUCCCUACAAUCCAGCUGCGCAUCCCAGACAAAUAACAUUAUUAGAUCAAAAUGGACAGCCAAUUCAAUAUACACUAAUUCCAACAAAUCAACAAAUUUCCAUGCCACCAGCUCAUCACUCUAUUCCACCUCAGGCCGUGCAGAGACCACCAGAUGGAAAUAUCUGCUGUAUCUGCGGUAGCAUCGCAGCUACCAAAUGCAGUUAUGGAAUAAGUCGUGGUAAUCCUUGUGGCCGGUUGUUAUGCUUGGCACAUGUGAUGGAACUACCCGGUAUGAACGGUGGUCGAUAUCCUCAUUGUCCCGAACAUUUUCAUAAUGUGAAACAAAAUCAAUGUAAUGUCAUGUAG